AUGUCUUCCGACAAAUUAGAUGUGGCCUUUCUCGGUCUUGGAGGAAUGGGUAGCGCUAUAGCACAUAAUAUUUUAAAGAAUGGAUUUAAACUUAUCGUUUGGAAUAGGACAGCUUCAAAAGCAAAAGAGUUAGUCGACGCUGGUGCAAAAUCAGCUUCGUCUCCAAAAGAAGCAGCUCAAAAUGCCGAUGUUAUAGUUAGUUGUUUAUUUAAUGAAAAAGCAGUGUUUGAAUCAGUAAACGGCGAAAAUGGUCUCUUAGCAGGUGCUCGAAAAGAUUCUAUACAUAUCAAUAUAGCAACAAUUAGUCCGAUGGCUGCUAAAGAAUUAGCUGAAUUACACAAAAAACAUGGCGUUCAUUAUAUUGCUGGACCAGUGCUUGGUCGUCCUGAUGUUGCUGCUAGUGGAAAACUUCGAACAUUCUUGGGUGGUUCAAAAUCAGCUGUGGAACGUUGUCGACCUGUUGUUCAAUGUUAUACAUUGGAAGAUGGAAUUGUAGAAGUUGGUGAAGAUUGUGCACAUGCGAACGUAUUGAAACUAUCGGCUAAUUACACUCUUGUAACAUGUAUUGAUUUAUUCGGUCAAGUGUAUGCGUUAAAUGAAAAAUGGAAUGUACCAUCAAAUUUAACGAAGAAAAUUCUAGAUAUUAUUAUUCCCAAUCCCGCUUUACAAGCCUACAGUGAAAAUGUUCAAACACGGAAUUAUAAAAAUGAAGGUGGUUUUGCAUUACGUGGUGGCUUGAAAGAUGUAAACAUGAUGAUAUCGGCAGGCGAGGAAGUUGGUGUACCAUUGCCCUACGCGAAUGUCAUUCAUGAUCAUAUAACCACAGCUUUAGCUCAUGGAUAUGAAGACAAAGAUUGGGCAGUACUUGCUGAAGCAGCCAGAUUGGCCGCUGGAAUUAAAGAAAAAACAGGGAGUGAGUGA